UGCCGCUGCUGGCAGGGGCGGGAGCUCGGCGAGCGGGCGGUGAUGGUGGUGCUGGGCUGCGGUGCGGAGUCCGGUAGUCUGAGCGGUCUGCUGGAGGCAGGAGCUGCAGUGAAUGCACCUGCAGAUGCCUUUGGUCAGUCUCCAGCUCACCUGGCUGCCUGCGGUGGGGAAGCCUUCUUCCUACUUUGGCAACUGCAGACGGGAGCGAAUUUGAACCAACAGGAUUGCCUUGGAGAAGCCCCGAUUCAUAAAGCAGCAAGAGUUGGGAGUUUGGAAUGUCUUGCUCUGCUUGUUGCGGGUGAUGCCAAAAUUGACUUGUGCAACAACAGCGGACAAACAGCAGCAGACCUGGCCCUGGCUUAUGGCUUUCUGGAAUGUGCCAGGUUCCUCAGGACAACUCAGCACACUCAGACAAUGAAACUGAGAGGGCAGUCUGGCUACUCAGCAAGGGACAACCAUGGCUUGCUGAGAGAGGAUCCAGCUGCACAGAAACAAGAAGGUGAAACCACCAGAUCCACAAGCAGGAAGAGGAGAAGAUCAGGUGGUGUGUAUACUGUUGGUUUAUGACAGUUCAGAAUAGGUUUUGAAUACUCUUUAUCAUUUAAGUAAAUAAACUUGGUGUUGGGUACGUCGCACUUGGAUUUAGAAGCCUGCUCGUAAGGAUCAGCUUGCAUAAGUAUUUAGAGUUAUGGUCUUACCAAAAACCAGACAGUGCAUGGGCAAUGCCAUGGAAAAGAUUACUUUGUGGGGUGAAUAGGGUGGAAUCCCAGGUAAUUUUACUGAUGUAAUGAUAAAGCAGCUACAGAAUUACUCGUUUGUUUGUAUGACAGAUCUGGUCUCCUGAAAAACAGCUUGUUAUCCCAAAAUGAAAUCAAGGGGAAUCUGAAGUCUGAAGAAGCAUGACUAUACUAUACAUGAGCAGCCAGAUGUGUAUGUAUGUGCUGGUACAUUGUCUCCUUCCAAGAAGGACGAAAGCUCGUUUGUUUCUACUUCUUAAAGAAGACUGUUGUGUUGUUGGUGUUACGUUGUUCGGUUGGGUUUUCUCCCCUAGAAUAGUUGUUACUCAUACCGCUAUAAAUAAAUGGAGUAUAUAACAA